UAAAAAUUUAACAAUAGAUAUUUUCUAUUAAACAUAAUAUACUAGAGUAGUCGAUUUAUUUAUAAGUAAUUAAACGUAAUUGGGUUAUAAACAGUCCAGACAGUUUGCGAGAUCAAUACCAACCACUUAUUAUGUUAGAAAUGUGAUAUGUCCUUUAUACCGAGUUGUAACUGAAACCUUUCCACCUAAAACCCAUAGAGCGUACUAAUCGUAUCCAGUGCCAACAUGGAAUUAUCCGAACGAACUUUGUUAUUAGACCAUACGGCAUCAACUAAAAAUUGCCACAAUAAACUGUCUGUGAUUUUUGCAAUAGUUUGCAUUGUUGAUGUUUUUGGGGUCUUUCCGGUCACAACAUUACCAAAAGCAAUCAUCGAUUGUGGUAUUUACGGCGGAAUAAUAUUAUGCAUUGUAUGUUCCAUUCAAAUUUACACAGCGAUUUUAUUGGGCAAAAGUUGGAUAAUCGCAGAAAAAAUAGACGUGUCAGUUGAAACCAAGAACAGAUAUCCGUAUUCAGCAUUAGCUGAAAUCACCUACGGCACCACUUUCUCAAAUUUUGUCUCAUUUCUUGUAAAUGUCACCAUUUUUGGGGGCGGAAUACCCAAUUUAAUCGUUGCUUCUCAAAAUAUCGAACUUUUGGGCUUGAGACUAAGUAGUGACACGUUUGAAGUCUCAUUUUGUUACUGGAUUAUUAUAAUUGGAAUGAUUUUGUGCCCAGUUUUGUGGCUAGGGAGUCCCAAAGAUAUGAAAUUACUUUGCACCAUUUCUGUGGCUAACGUUGUUAUAGUUUUUCUUCUCGUGACUGAAUGCCUGAUUUUCAGUAGUCGAACACCGACUACGACUGAUGAUAGUUUCCAAACAGAGCAGUCUUUCUGGGAAUUAAUGUUUAUCUGUUACGGGAUUAUAUCGUUUCAAUUUGAUAUCCACCCAAGUAUAUUGACAAUUCAAGUGGAUAUGAGGGAAAAAUCCAAACUCAAUAGUGCCGUACUUGGCGGUUUUGCUAUUUCUUUAGGGAUGUUUUCUAUUGUUACCGCUCUCGCCGCAAGUAAGUACGGCUUAUCAGUUAAACCAAGUCUUUUAGAGACCCUUCCAACAACAAUUCCUUUACAUUUUGCUGCCCUUUUUGUCGCACUUCAACUUUGUUUAUCUUCAGCAGUUAGUAACAGUGCCCUUUAUCAAUAUAUGGAGGACUGUAUGAGCAUUUCACCAGCGUUCAAUCAUCGUCGUUGCGUUUUGAGAACAACAUUAACAUUUUUAGCUGUCUUGAUAGCCGAAUCUGUGCCUCGCUUUGACCUUGUUAUGUCACUUAUCGGAGGGACUUUAACUGGCCCAUUGAUUUUCAUAUUUCCUCCUUUAUUUUACUUGAAAAUGUUAUCAAUGGAAAAUAAGCAAAUGAAGCAAAUGGCAAUGGAGACUUUCACUAGUGUAGUGUACAGUCGUAAUGAAGAAGAAAAAAUUUUGACAAAUACCGAUGAGUGUCAGUUCGAAAUAACUAAAAGUAUUUUAGGUGCAAAACUUGAUAUUGUUUGUUGUGUAACAAUUAUAACUUUAAGUGCUGUCUGCACUGUAAUUACGACUUACGUGAACAUAAGGAAUGCCAUUGCUUUUGUCAAUUUUACGCAACCCUGUAUUUUUAACGUUUCAUCAUCGUUGAUAAGUUUGUAAUAAAAAUAAUAAACAAUUCUUUUUCUAAAA